UGGCGCUUUUUGUGGGUUGAGCUGGAAGCCUGCAGGUAAUUUACAGUCAUGCUCUUGCAGCAGAGAGGAGGUAUUAAAGUGGAUGAAGCGCAACCCCUUGACUCUGCUGCAGGAGCAGGACGCACAAACACGGAGAUCCUCCUGAACCACCGGAAUAACGAGACCUGCACGGAUUACUUUUAAUCAUUUUUUUCUUUACGGUGACAUUUGUGCGGCGCUGAAGUGGGAGGACACUUGGAUUUGUAAUGCUGAAAUAUGAGAGAACGGAACCGGGGCGGGUGAAGAAGGCACAUGGGAGAGGACUGUUCGUGCACUCUGGGCUCUAAAAGAAAAAGAAAAGGAUUUUUAGCGGAGAAGUGUAUGUUUGGGGGAUGAUUACAACAAGUUGAUGUUUUUUUUUCUGGUUCCGGACGAAUCUGUGCAACAACAAACAAUGGAUAGAUAGAUUGACCCGAGAGGAGCUGCAGAGACGUUUCAUUUAAGUUUGUACAUCAGAGUGUGUAGAGGAUCUCAUUCAGAAGAAGAGGAGAGGAGAGAGAGCAGAUAUCCAGAAGAAUAUCUCGGUUUACUGGAGCCAAAAUGUUGCGGUUGUCUUUGACAGCUUUAAGUCUUUCCUGGACUUUGUUCUUCUGUAACGUGAGCAGAAGUUGUGCACAAGAAAGACAAGGCUACCUGGUCGCUGCUCCCUCCGUGUUCCGUGCCGGCGUCGAGGAGAGCGUCAGCGUCACCAUCUUCAACCCAAAAGCAGAAACUCGCGUGCAGGUGCAGCUGUCGGUGAAGGGACAGACGGUCGCCCACAGCCACGGCUCGGUGCUCGACAAAGGCACCAUCAAACUGAAGGUUCCCUCUGGGCUCCGAGGUCAAGCCCACCUGAAGGUCUGGGGGAACCGACACCUCACGGAGGGAGGUUACAUCUUCCACAACUACACCACCGUCACAGUGGAGAGCAAAGGCUCAGCCGUCUUCAUCCAGACCGACAAGCCCAUCUACAAACCCAAACAUAAAGUGCUCAUCAAUGUUUACACAGUCACCUCCGACAUGAGGCCAGUGAAUGACAAGAUGGAGGCGUAUGUUCUGGAUCCAAGAGGAUCCAGAAUGGUCCAGUGGAAAGGGCUUAAAUCUGUCUGCUGUGGGGUUGUGAACAUGAGUUUCCCUCUGUCUGACCAGCCUGUGUUUGGAGAGUGGUUUAUCUUCAUGGUGGUGCAGGGCCACACCUAUAACAAGUCGUUUGAAGUGCAGAAAUAUGUGAUGCCCAAGUUUGAGUUGGUGAUUGAUCCACCACGUUACAUCCGAGAUCUCAACUCAUGCGAGCAGGCCACUGUCAAGGCCAGGUAUACAUUUGGGAAGCCAGUGACGGGGAAGUUGACAGUGAAUAUGACAGUGAAUGGAGUCGGAUACUACCGUCAUGAGAUGGGUCAUCCUGUUUUUAAAACCAUGGAGAUCAAAGGCUCUGCAAAUUUCAGUCUCUGCGUCAAGGACAUGAUGCCCUUAGAUGUGGCCGAUCACUUCAGGGGGACGGUGAGCAUUUGGGCAUCAGUGACCAGCAUAGACGGAAGCAGGCAAACCACAUUCGAUGACUCCACGGCAGUUCACAAGCAGCUCAUCGACAUCAAAUACUCCAAGGACACUCGCAAGCAGUUCAAACCUGGUCUGCCUUACAAAGGGAAGAUCGAGGUCACCUAUCCCGAUGGAAGUCUGGCCAAUGGGGUCCGGGUUCGUGUUAAGGCGGAACUGACCCCCAAAGACAAUGUCUACACCAGUGAGCUCAUCUCCAAGGACGGCCAGGCCACCUUUGAAAUCCCCUCUAUCCCUACUGCUGCUCAAUAUGUCUGGCUCGAGACCAAAGUAACAUCCAUUGAUGGAAAGACAGUAGGAGACCAGUACUUACCCAGCUACCUGUCCAUCAGUAGUUGGUAUUCUCCUAGCAGGUGUCACAUCCAGAUCCAGAGUCCCAGCACCACACUCAAGGUCGGCCAAGAGGCAGAAGUUGCAUUGAAAUCCACAUGUCCCUGUAACUUCACCCUGCACUAUGAGGUGGCGUCCAGAGGGAACAUCGUCCUGUCGGGCCAACAGCUGGCGAACUUGACGGCUUCACACCGAGGAAAGAGGGCGACAGUCACCUUCGACAAAAACAUUCACACCACCCACCUACCUCCUUCUGCCUCUGGUGUUGCAGGUGCUUCCUCCCAAUCUGAGAUGGACAGCUGUGUGUCGUACCUACGUUUCCCCGUCAGCAACAACAUGGCACCUCUCAGCCGCCUGCUCGUCUACUACGUGAGGGAAAACGGCGAAGGCGUGACCGACAGUCUGCAAAUCCCCGUCCAGCCCGAGUUCGAGAACCAGGUUUCAGUUUCGUUGUCGACUAAUGAGUCCAUGCCAGGAGACCCAGUGACCCUUCGUGUACGAGGUGAGAAGGGCUCCUGUGUUUGUGUGGCCACUGUGGAUAAAAGUCUUUACCUGUUAAAGCCCGACUUCCAGCUGAGUCCUGACAAGGUGUUUAAAGAAAUGGCAGAUUUUGACGUUUCGGACGCCUUCGGCAUCCCUAAAGACGACGGACACUUCUGGUGGCCCGGGCUUUCGUCAAAGAGACGAAGACGUUCCUCUGUGUUUCCGUGGCACUGGGACAUCACUAAGGACGCUCGCUUCGCUUUCACAGAAACAGGGCUCGUUGUGAUGACAGACAUGGUGAGUUUAAACCACCGGCAGAGUGGAGGCAUGUACACCGAUGAGGCCGUUCCUGCUUUUCAGCCGCACACCUCCACCUUAGUGGCUGCUAUGCACUCCCGACCCACCACCAGAGCAGAGAAGCGGAGACGCACAUUUUUCCCAGAGACUUGGGUGUGGUACUGCCUCAACGUCAGCUCUGAAACCGGGGAAGCCGAACUGCAGCUCGAUGUGCCGGACUCGAUCACCACCUGGGUGGCAGAAGCUGUCGGCCUUUCUGAGGAGAAGGGACUCGGUUUGGCAAAGAGAGCCGAGCUUCGUACCUUCAAGCACUUCUUUGUGGACUUCACGCUGCCCUACAGCUUAAUCAGAGGCGAGCAGACCAAAGUGCCGCUCACCGUCUACAACUACCUGCCCACCUGCUCUGAGGUCCAUGUGAAAGUGUCAGUUCCAAAAGGCAUCAAGUUUGUCGGACAUCCUGGGAAGCAUCACCUGACCAGGAAGAAGUGUGUGGCUCCUGGAGAGGCGACUCCUACGUCCAUCGUGUUGUCUUUCACUGAACUGGGAUCUGUUAACAUCACAGCUCGUGCCAUCGCCUACAGUGAACCAAGCUGCUGUUCAGAUGGAUUCCCGGCAAGCAAAAUUACAGGAAACGAUGUGGACGAUAGAAGGAUCCCAACUGGCAUGGAUUACGUCCGCAGGACCGUCCUGGUGGAGCCAGAAGGCCUGCCCAGAGAAUACACCUACAGCGUCUUCUUCUGCCCCAAUGAGAGGAUACACAUUUCCACCCCUAACAAGUACGAGUAUCAGUACGUGAAGAAGCCGGCCAGGAUGAACCAGUUCCAGGUGGCCGUUAAAACCCACAACGAUGCCCAUUUUGCCCUCUCUGCGAGCCCCCACGACAGUGCAGAGAUGCUAGAGAUCGUACUGGGGGGUCGGCAGAACACUCGCUCCUGGAUUUCCGUGGGCAAGAUGGGCGAUCCCCUUGUCAGCGCCCCUACACCGGGCAUCCUGUCCUGGGAUGAGUUCCGCAGCUUCUGGAUCAGUUGGAAGGGAGGCGUGGUACAGGUGGGCCAUGGUUUACAUCCAUCCAAUGAAUCGCUGAUCCUCCAGUGGACAGGCCAGUUCCCAGGCCAGGUGCGACACAUUGGCUUCUCAACCGGCUGGGGCUCAGUUGGGGAGUUCAAGAUCUGGAGGAAGGAAGACUCUGAUGACAACCACAAUGAGGCCUUCACACUGGGAGUCCCACAAAACAUGGUGCCUGGAUCAGAAAGGGCCACUGCGUUUAUGAUUGGGGAUGUCAUGGGGCCGACUCUAAAUAACCUGGACAAGCUGUUGAGGCUUCCCUUUGGAUGCGGCGAGCAGAACAUGAUCCACUUUGCCCCUAACGUCUUUGUUCUAAAGUACCUGCAGAAGACCAGGCAGCUCAGCCCAGAGGUUGAGAAUGAAGCAACUGACUACUUGCUUCAAGGCUACCAGAGACAACUGACCUACAAACGGCAGGAUGGAUCCUACAGUGCCUUCGGAGAAAGGGAUUCCUCUGGCAGCAUGUGGUUGACAGCAUUUGUGCUCAAGUCUUUCGCUCAGUCUCGGGGUUUCAUCUUCAUUGACCCUGAGGAGCUUCGCGCAGCCAAGUCUUGGCUAAUCAAACAUCAGCGAGAUGACGGAUCCUUCCCCGCUAUGGGACGCAUCCUCAACAAAGACCUGCAGGGAGGGAUCCAUGGGAAGAUUUCACUUACAGCUUACGUGGUAGCAGCUCUGUUGGAAACAGGGAUAACCACAGAGGAAGAGAAGGUGGCGGUGGCCAGAGCCAAGGAUUUCCUGGAGAGCAACACAUACUCGGCUGAUGAUCCAUACACGACCGCCCUAUCAGCGUACGCCUUGGCUCUGCUGCGAAGCCCGUACGCCCCGCUGGCCCUGCGCCGCCUCAACCACAUGGCCAUCACGCAAGAUGGACUCACCCACUGGAGUCUGACUGGCAGCACUAUGACCGAUGAAGACACUUUCAUGGGCUUCAGCGAUGGCCUCUCUCAGUCAGUGGUGUCGGCAGAGGUGGAGAUGACAGCGUACGGUCUUCUGACCUACACCCUGCUGGGAGAUGUAGCUUCUGCCCUGCCUGUGGUCAAAUGGCUCUCCCAGCAAAGGAAUGCCCUGGGCGGCUUCUCCUCCACACAGGAUACAUGUGUGGCCCUGCACGCUCUGUCAGAAUACGCCAUCCUGUCCUACGUCGGAGGGGUAAAUCUCACCAUCUCACUGGCCUCCACCAACCUCGACUUCCAGGAAACCUUUGAACUCAACAGGGACAACAAGAAACUCCUCCAGAGCGCCAAGAUCCCCAGUAUCCCCACAGGCCUUUUUGUCAGCGCUAAAGGAGAAGGCUGCUGUCUCAUGCAGAUUGAUGUGUCCUAUAACGUACCGGAUCCAGUGGCCAAACCAGCCUUCCAGCUCAAGGUGGAUCUGAAAGAGCCUUUCCAGGAGCGACACCUGCAGCCUCCAUCCUCUUCUUCCCAUCAUUCUACCUCACGAUCUCGCAGCCGAGUCGACAAUCGCUCUGAGCUCAACCGGAAGCGGCGGGCGCCCAUCGACGACGACGACCCAGCAGCUCACCAGGACAAGAUGGACUUCCACAUCUCCUUAGAAGUCUGCGCCAGGUGGCUCCAUUCAGGCUCAUCCAACAUGGCCGUCAUAGAAGUUCCCAUGAUUUCCGGUUUCCGAGCAGAUGUUGAAGGUCUAGAGAGGCUGCUGAUGGACAAGAGAGUUGGUCUGAAGAGAUACGAGCUGAGCGGAAGAAAAGUGUUGUUCUACUUUGAUGAGAUUCCCAGCCAGUGCAUGACGUGUGUGGCCUUCCAAGCUGUCAGAGAAUACAUUGUGGGCAAGACAGCGCCUGUUCCGGUUAAGAUCUAUGACUACUACGAACCAGCUUUUGAGGCCACCUGGUUCUACAACGUUAGCGAGAGUAGUCCGCUGGCACGGGAGCUGUGUGAUGGACCGACCUGCAACGAGGUGGAGAGUUCAACCAACCAGUGGAUCGGUUUUGUGCAGGCGAACCAGUGCAACAACGUGUUCGGGUGUCUGGAGGAGGAGCAGUUUGAGCGCUGCACGUGUUACAGGGACUGUGGUUACGACGGGGAGCCGGUUUGUGGGUCAGACGGGCAGCUCUACCAGAACCAGUGUCAGAUGGAGGUGUUCGCCUGCAGAAACGGGACUCGCAUCAAGCAGGUUCCGCUGUCACAGUGUCCACAGAUGGAGACCACGGAGGACAGGCAGCCAAUAGUGAGCCAGGAAACUGAGCAGCCCUCAGUGCCUGUACACACAGGUGAAGAAGAGCAGGGCUCCAUGGCUGAGGUGUCCUACUACUCCUAUGAAUACGACCCAGAUUCGGACUCUUUCCUCGCCGAUGCAGACGGAGGGGACCAGUUUGAUCUUCCUCAAGGUGGAGGAGGUGUAGCGCAUAAGGUGCUGCUACCAGUAGAUACCCAGCUGCCCACACUGGACACAAAAAACACCCCUGAGCGAUGAAACGCUCCCAGUAUGAAGCCAUACCCUCCUCCAAAUUUGUACAUUAUUUGUGAAUAUGCUAGUGAAUGGAAAGAGAAAACGAGAGACUUGGGACUUGCUCGGCCUGAACGGAGAAGGUGGUGGGGUCUGGAGAGUGAGUGUGUAUGACUCUGUGUGUGCUUGUGUUUUUAGAUUAGCUUUGAAUGGAGCCGGUGUGGAUGCUUUUCUGUAUUUGCGUGUGUUUGGAUGCGUGUGAUUGCUAUUAAGCUAGUAUCCUCCAGGCUUUUAUUUUUUAUUCCUCUAGACUCCUAGUCACCAAAUAGGCACCAUAGCGUCUUUGUUAUUCACUGUACUGGCUUUAUAAUCACUAGAAUAAAUAAUCAAGUAUUUAUGUUUGUAAUUACACUCGACGUUAAGCAGAAUAUUUUGUUAUAUUUUCUAUCUGUGGUAUUUAUUUGUAGCUAGAGGUCAUAUCAUGUCCAUUUUUUAAGUCAUCGCCUGCCCAUACAGUUGACUUUUUUGCCCUUGUGGUUCUCUGAGAUAGCCAAGGAUUAUUUUUUUUCUAUCAUAGCAAGCUUUAACCCAGUUAUUGAAAUGUUUGAUGAAAUUCCGUACCGGUAUCCUGCUGGAACAAAAGAAGACAUAUGCAAACCAUAUGCUUUACAGAAACAUAAGCUGAAAUGUUUUUCAUUUUUAAGAAAUUUUUUGGCUUUUUGUCUUUAUUAGACAGCACAGUAGAGGUUGACAGGAAACAUAAGGAGGCAGAAGGGGACCGACAACUCAAACCAUGAACUUUACAGUGACAGAAAAUCCUCCAUUCGACUCAAACGUUUCUGAAACCAUUCCACCGAGACGCCGACGUCGUCUGCUCUCACCGUUACCUACCUUGAGAUUUGAUUGUACAGUUCAUAAGCUAUUUUGUUUUUGUUAAAUUUUUUUGAUUCGUGAAGCAAUCAAGCUAAAAAUAAAGAAUGAAGUUUUGAAUUCCUGUAAAUGUAACAAAUUGGAUUAAAUGUAACCCCAAUUCAUAUCAAAUAUUGUGAUUUUUAAAACAAAUGAGAAUAAAAUUUAUAUACAAUCCA